AUGGCCUCCGGGUCUCGUUUCCCCGCCUGGGUCACGAGGCGAGCUGGCAGGCGUAGGCGAGCGCGCGCCCGCCCGGCCGGUCGCCAUGACAACGUCCCUCUUCGGCCAACGCCUGCCUCGGAAGCGGCCGACGAGCCGGGCUCGGCAUGGGCCUGGCCGGGCUUCCAGCGCCUGCAGGAGCGGCUGAGGGCGGCCGGUGCCCUCUCCAGGCGGUACUGGGCGCUCUUCCGCUGCCAGGUGUGGCCCGGCGACUGUGAGGAGGACGAGGAGGCUGCCGCGGGUCCCCUGGGCUGGAGCCUUCCCGUGUUGGGCCAGCAGUACCUGGAUAUCCUGACCACAUGGUACUGCAGCUUCCAGGACUGCUGCUACAGUGGGGAUUGCAGGAUCUCCAACAACUUUACAGGCUUAGAGUCGGACCUGAGAGUGAGACUGCAUGGCCAGCAUUUGGCCCGAGAGCUGGUCCUGAGAACAGUGAGACACUACUUAGAGAUGCCCCGGCCAGACAAGGCCCUGGCUCUGUCAUUUCACGGCUGGUCUGGCACAGGCAAGAACUUCGUGGCCCGCAUGCUGGCAGAGAGCCUGUAUCGGGACGGGCUGAGGAGUGACUGCGUCAAGAUAUUUAUUGCCACGUUCCACUUUCCCCACCCCAAGUACACGGACCUGUACAAGGAGCAGCUGAUGGGUCAGAUCCAGGAGACGCAACAGCGCUGCCAGCAGACCCUGUUCAUCUUUGAUGAAGCUGAGAAGCUGCACCCGGGGCUGCUGGAGGUCCUUGGGCCGCAGCUGGAACACCAGUCCCCUGAGGGCCACAGGGCUCGGAGAACCAUCUUUCUCUUUCUCAGUAACCUUGGGGGCAAUAUCAUCAAUGAGAUGGUUCUGAAUUGGCUUAAGGCUGGAGGGUCCCGAGAAGAAAUUACAAUGGAACAUUUGGAGCCCCACCUCCAGGCUGAGAUUGUGGAGUCCACAGACAGUGGCUUUGGCCACAGCCGUCUUGUGAAGGAAAAUCUGGUUGACUUCUUCGUUCCCUUCUUGCCACUGGAGUACCAUCAUGUGAGGCUGUGUGCACGGGAUGCUUUCCAGAACCAGGAGCUUCCAUAUACAGAAGAGGCAUUGGAUGAAAUCGCCAAGAUGAUGGUGUAUGUCCCCAAAGAACAACAAAUCUUUUCUUCUCAGGGCUGCAAAUCUAUUUCCCAGAGAAUUAACUAUUUCCUACCUUGAAGGCUAGAUGACUUCCAGGAGCUGCCUUCUUCCCACUAAGAGGACCCUUGAAGAGCACUGUUUGGAACUGUAAGCUGUGGGAGGGGCAGAUUGGCAUCCAGCAAUCACUAAUACACUGCUAAUGUGUAAAAGGCCUUAAAUCAGAAGCAGAGCCAAUUCUUAAAAUCACUUGGUGCCUUAAAGACAUGCAUUCCAAAAUGUGGGCCAGGUGGUUGGAAAUCAACAAAUCCCAAGGGCUUAUUAUGACUCUACAGAUGGUCUCACAUCUCAGCUCUUCUUUACAGAUGCCUGGACUUGGGUGUUGGGCCUCAGAAGCUGCAGGAUUCUUGGGUUACAUAGCAGGGAAGAAUGAAGUUCCAUGACCCAGUGGUGGGGAGUACACCUCAGGUUUGCAGGCCAAGUGGGCUGGCUUUCAAGUUGUUACUCCCAGAGGAAAGCCCAGCAGCUUCUGUUGUGAGCAGAUCAGCAACGAGCCUCAGGCUGAAGUGACAGGUGUACAGAGGAAGAUAUUUUUAAAAUCAGGUCAGUGUGAGCUAAGACUUAUUCUGUUCUGCAGAAUGAAAAAAUUUUCUUUUUUUAAUUAGGGAUCUUGACAUUCCCAUGUCAUAUGUAAAAAUUAAAAUUUUGUAUUUUUC